CUAGGCGUCCCAGGAACCAAUCUCCAGAAAAUCAGAACCGUACGAACCUCCAUCGCGGCCACAUCACUAUAAAUAUUUAACGAAAAAGGCCACUUAACUGCUAAAAUCCACGAACGAAGUUAACGUGAAACCUAACCGGAUUAACAUUUUUUAUUGAAAAUCCUGAAUUGCAAGUGAAGCGAAAAUGGUUUACGAGAGCGAUUUCUACACGACCCGAAGACCCUACACACGGCCAAUCGUGUCCUCAUACAGCGUCACGAACCCCUAUGUUAUUCCCAUCUCCUCCAAUAUUCAUGUGAGGACGAUACCUUACAUGCCAUAUAUAGCACAUAAAAGGCUCGUCAACAUAGUUCACACACCUGUCCACACUUAUUACACUGGCACGCCGAUAACGAUAAGAAUCAAUUCGCGAGUGAGGCCUAGUAUCCUCGCAGCAGAACUCCAGAGGAUACGUGAUCGCCAGAGGCCUUCGUCUAUAUCUUACACCGAAAAAUAUCUUAGCUCCAAGAAUAACACUGACUUCGAUGAUGAGGCUAGAGAUAUUAGAGCAAGAGCAGAUGCUCUUCUCCGCCGAAUUCACGUCUUCGUUCCUAAACCGUUGCCCAGCAGACGUUUUUUUUUCGUUUAUUUUCCGUCGACACGCAGCAUCUACAGCGACGAAGGACUCCGAAGUGACCAUGUUCGAAGUCUCCUAAACACCAGAAAUGACAUAAAGAAGGACCUAGAUUAUUUGAAUCUUUGGUACCAAACACCAGAAUGUCGCCAUAUGGGAGAUGGAAAUUUGGCUUGUGUGAAAUACGUUGGAGGAAAACCUCAAUCAAAAAGGAGACCGUAUUACAAACUUGCUGAUUUAACAAACAGUGAAGUCAGGAAUGACGUUAAUCUUCUCAGCUAUUAUCGCAAAAAUCGCCAGGCUGCAGACAGAGCUUUGACCGAAGAACCGAUGACCGAACGGGAAUUACGAAAGGCACGUGCCAAUGAAACCGAAUGGUCCGAAGCCCAAAAACAGAAAGAAUUAGAACGAGAAGCAGCUCACCUGGAGGAAAUUGAAGAAAAUGAACCUGAAGUAAUUCAACCUAAUCCCAUCCGGGAAAAAGUCAAGGAGAAAAAAGAGAAGAAGGAAACAAAGGAAAAUAAACGUAUUGAGGCAGGAGCCGAACUGGAGGAAGAAGGUCGAACAAAGGCGGAGGAGGAAGCUAUAAAGAGGGCUCAAGAGUUCUUGGCAAAACGACUAGAAGAAGCCAGAAUUGCAGAAGAAAAAAGGCAGGCGGCUGAGGAUGAACGUCUGAGAAUAGAACAAGAAGAGGAAGAAGCUAGGUUGGCACUUUUAAAAGCUCAGGAAGAAGCCCGUUUGAGGGCAAUUGCUGAACACGAAAGAUUAGAGGCUGAGAGAAGAGCAGAAGAAGAACGAAUGGAAGAAGCUCGUUUAGAGGCUGAAAGACAGGCCGAAGAAGACAGGAAAGCGGAACUAGAAAGAUUACGCUUGGAAGAAGAGGCACGCAAGGCAGCUGAACGAAGAGCCGCUGAAGAGAGAAUGUACCAAGCAGCUGUGGAAGCAGCCGCUGAGGAUGAACGAGAACGACUUGCAAAAGAAUUAGCAUUAGAGGAAACCAACAGGCGACAGGAAGAAGAGGAAAGAUUAGCUGCUGAUACGAACACUGUUACUGCUGUUGAUGAAAUUAGGGAUUAUGAUGACCGCAGCGAAGACACUUUUGCUCAGCGCCAUUUAUCUGAUCACGAAAGGGAAGAAUUUCCUGAUGACCCAACUGUCGAUGAUGAUACUCAGGUAAUAUGAAACUCUCUAACAACUUUUUGAA